GUCGCUUUUCCAUCUGCAACUUCCCCAUUGCUUUCUCCUCACCCGCUCAGAUCCACAAAAUGGCUCCCACCGAGUCCAAGAAGCGCCUCGCGCUCGCGAUUAUCGAUUUCCUGGGUGCCAGCGUCAAGGACGGCACCCUGACUGCUGACGACGCCGAAUCCAUCGAAAUCGCCCAGUCGUGUAUUGCCGAUACCUUCAAGGUCGACCCCUCCGAUGAGAAUGCCGUGAAGGAUGCCCUGGGUGGCCAGUCGCUGGCCAGCAUCUACAGUGUUUACGAGAAGCUGCGCCAGAAGCCUUCCGGUGAAUCCGCCUCCCAGGCCCCCGGAGGCGAGAGCCAGAAGCCCCAGGCUGGAGCCCCCACGCCUGAAUCGGACAAGCUGAAGUCCGAGGGAAAUGCCGCGAUGGCGCGCAAGGACUACAACGCUGCCAUCGACUCCUACACCAAGGCCUUGGCGGUCGCCUCUGCCAACCCCAUCUACCUCUCCAACCGCGCUGCCGCCUACUCCGCCUCCGGACAGCACGAGAAGGCCGCCGAGGAUGCCGAGCUGGCUACUCAGGUCGACUCCAAGUACUCCAAGGCCUGGAGCCGUCUGGGUCUUGCUCGGUUCGACAUGGCCGACUACAAGGGCGCCAAGGAGGCCUACGAGAAGGGUAUUGAGGCGGAAGGAAACGGUGGCAGUGAUGCCAUGAAGCGUGGUCUUGAGACCACCAAGAGAAAGAUCGAGGAGGCCAGCCGUGGUACCGAGCCUCCUGCCGACGCUGUUGAUGACGCCCCCGGAGCCUCUCGCGGUGCGGGUGGCAUGCCUGAUCUUUCCUCUCUGGCAAGCAUGCUCGGCGGCAGUGCCGGUGGUGGCCAAGGCGGUGGUGCCGGUGGUAUGCCCGAUCUCAGCUCGAUCAUGAGCAACCCUAUGUUCUCCAGCAUGGCCCAGAACUUGAUGAGCAACCCGGAAAUGAUGAACAACCUGAUGAACAACCCCCGGUUGAGGCAGAUGGCCGAGAACUUCGGCCAAGGCGGUGGAAUGCCCGAUAUGUCCCAGCUGAUGAGUGACCCCAACCUUGCUGAUAUGGCUCGGAAUUUCAUGGGUGGUGCCGGCCGCGGAGGUCAAGGCCAGUAAACGAAGAACCCUUUUAUUCUCUUUAUGUUUCCCCUCCCAUUUUUGAUGAUCUUUGAGAUUUUCUAUCUUCGUGUGAAAACUUGCCUGCGUUGAACUUUCUGUUGUCUGCGCCUUGAUACGCACUCGAUGAACACGAUCGAGAAGUUAAUAGAGAUGACCACCAUUGAUUUCAUGCCCUGACAGAUAUAACAUAUCCUUAUAUUUUCAGCAGAAACCCUUCUAUUGCUUUGGAAUUUCAAACAAGCGUUCCUAAGG